ACUCCGCAACCCGGUUUCUCGACCCUUUUCCCUCCCUGCAAACCACUUUCCGGAAACCGCUUUUGUCCCGUAAUAAAUAAAGAUCCCCGUUUAUCACUCGUUGUCUCUCUAGAAACCACUCUUCUUCAACUCUGAAAUCUCUCUCUCUCUCUCUCUCUCUCUAUAUAUAUAUAUAUAUAGGUCUUCUUGAAUAUACAUAUCUGUUCUGUUGUCAAUCCAAUAUGUAGCGCGCGCCUUCUCUCUCGCUCUCUCUCUCUCACUGUUCCAACAGUUGAUAUUCUCUUCUCUCUCUAUAUAGUCUCUGACUGUGUAGUCGUUUCUUUACCUACAUCCUUGGGUUUGAAUUUCUGUAUAAGUAUUGACUAUAUAGGAUGAGAGUAUUGUGGUGAGAGACCAUUUCAGCUAUGGCGUUUCCGAACCACUUGUCUCAAGAAAUGGCGCUGCAGCAUUUCACUGGCCAGCACUUGGGGGAGAACACGUCGGUUUUGCGCAGCAUAUUGCCUGAACAGCUAGGUCAAUCGUCUCCGGACGGUGCCGGGAAGGAGCAUAAGGAGAUACAAAGGCUCAUCUUGGAGUCGGCAGCCGGGAAGGCAGCGGAGCACCACCAUCAGCCACAGCAAGUCGGUGUCGGUCCGACGUGGCUCAACAGCGCGAUUCUCCGGCAGCACGGUCAGAACUUCCUCAAUUUGCAGACGGCCACCGACGCGACGACAUCACAGGCAUCGAAUCAGUGGCUCUCGCGGUCGAUCCACGUUAACGACGUGAGAGAAGACGUGCAGGUCUCAAACGAUUCGAUGAUCGCCGCUCGGAUAUCGCACGAAUCGGCUGAUUUGAACAACAACAAGGUGGAGAACGGGGGAGGAGGAUGUGGCGGAGAAUUGGCCGGGACUGACGUCGGCGGCGGCGAUGGGAUAUUGAAUUGGCAGAACGCGAAGUACAAAGCUGAAAUUCUGUCCCAUCCUCUCUAUGAACAGCUGUUAUCGGCUCAUGUGGCGUGCUUGAGAAUCGCAACACCGGUGGAUCAGUUGCCCAGAAUCGACGCCCAGCUUGCCCAGUCACAGCACGUAGUGGCCAAAUACUCGGCACUUGGCGGCCCUACUAGCAUUGGCAAUGAUAAAGAGCUUGAUCAGUUCAUGACGCAUUAUGUGCUGCUGCUCUGUUCUUUCAAAGAGCAACUGCAACAGCAUGUUCGUGUGCAUGCAAUGGAAGCGGUAAUGGCUUGCUGGGAGAUUGAGCAAUCACUGCAAAGCUUAACAGGUAUUUCUCCUGGAGAAGGGACAGGGGCAACAAUGUCUGAUGACGAUGAUGAUCAAGUAGACAGUGACACCAACUUGUUUGAUGCAAAUUUGGAUGGUCCUGAUAGCAUGAACUUUGGUCCUCUCAUCCCGACAGAGAGUGAGAGAUCUUUGAUGGAGAGAGUAAGGCAAGAGCUGAAGCAUGAACUGAAAGAGGGUUACAAGGAGAAAAUUGUGGACAUCAGGGAGGAAAUCUUACGGAAAAGAAGGGCAGGAAAGCUCCCUGGUGACACCACCUCUGUCCUAAAGGCUUGGUGGCAAUCUCAUUCUAAGUGGCCAUACCCAACAGAGGAAGAUAAGGCAAGAUUGGUCCAGGAAACAGGCUUGCAAUUAAAGCAGAUAAACAAUUGGUUCAUUAAUCAGAGAAAGAGGAAUUGGCACAGCAAUCCUUCCACUUCAACUGUGUUGAAGAGCAAGCGCAAAAGUAAUGCAGGUGAGCGAUGAUAUCGUUACAUGUGAAUAGCGCUGUGCUGCACCUGAAAAUUUAAGAGUUGGAAACAGGAGAGAACUGUUAUAUUGAUACUCCAGAAAUGAGCUAGUGUUGCCAGUGGCGAGACGUAUGAAGAAUAGGACAGAGAAGUGCAGAUGGUUUAGCAGAGGUAGUGAUGCUGUAUCACAGGAAGUUGAAUUAGAAUAUUAUGACGAAAGUUAAAACUGAGUUGGGUAGCACCAUAUAUGUUGUUAGUUUGAUGGUUUUUGUUUGCAUUUUACAUAUAUAUAUAUAUAUAUAUAUGAAUAAUAAUAGUCGCGGGGGGGUAUGGAUCGAUGUACAGCUCAAAUAACCGGUUUCAGGGUUCCUUUUACGGCUAUCCCAGUUAUUAUAAAUUCUGCCAGUUUGCAGUCUAGGAUUUUUUAGUCUAAACUUGCUGAAUAUAUAUAUUGUUUCUUUCUCUCCACCUCUUCUGACUGACACUUGUCUGUCAGCAGUUAAGAGUUAGUUAUAAGCUAUCAUCCUCUUUUGUGGUUUUCUCCUUCA